AGCUCCAAGCGAGAAUGGAAGCCCCUGGAGGAUCGUAGCUGCACAGACCUACCAUGGCUGCUGAUUUUUCUCCUCUUCUGCAUUGGGAUGGGAUUUAUUUGUGGCUUUUCAGUAGCAACAGGUGCAGCAGCGAGACUAGUGUCAGGAUACGACAGCUAUGGAAAUAUCUGUGGGCAGAAAAAUGCAGAGUUGGAAUCAAUACCAAACAGUGGCAUGGACCACACCCAUCGGAAGUAUGUGUUCUUUUUGGAUCCGUGCAAUCUGGACUUGAUCAACCGGAAGAUCAAGUCUGAAGCACUGUGCGUAGCAGCAUGUCCAAGACAAGAGCUGAAAACCCUGAAUGAUGUUCAGAAGUUUGCAGAGAUGAAUGGCUCAGCACUAUGUCACUACAAGCUAAAGCCUUCUGAAUAUACAUCUUCAAAAGCGUCUUCUCUUUGCCCCAAACUACCAGUUCCAGCGAGUGCACCUAUUCCAUUCUUCCAUCGCUGUGCUCCUGUGAACAUUUCCUGCUAUGCCAAGUUUGCAGAGGCCCUGAUCACCUUUGUCAGUGACAAUAGUGUCUUACACAGGCUGAUUAGUGGAGUAAUGGCCAGCAAAGAAAUUAUAUUGGGACUUUGCUUGUUAUCACUAGUUCUAUCCAUGAUUUUGAUGGUGAUAAUCAGGUAUAUAUCAAGAGUACUUGUGUGGAUCGUGACAAUUCUGGUCAUACUGGGGUCACUUGGUGGCACAGGUGUACUAUGGUGGCUAUAUGCAAAACAAAGAAAGUCUCCCAAAGAAACAAUUAUUCCUGAGCAGCUCCAGAUAGCUGAAGACAAUCUUCGGGCCCUCCUCAUCUAUGCCAUUUCAGCUACAGUGUUCACGGUUAUCUUGUUCCUGAUCAUGUUGUUUAUGCGCAAACGCAUUGCUCUCACUAUCGCCUUGUUCCACGUGGCGGGCAAGGUCUUCAUUCACUUGCCACUGCUAGUCUUCCAACCCUUUUGGACUUUCUUUGCCCUUGUCCUGUUUUGGGCGUACUGGAUCAUGACACUUCUUUUUCUUGGCACUACUGGCAGCGCUGUGAAGAACGACCAAGGCUUUGUGGAAUUCAGGGUCUCGGGGCCUCUGCAGUACAUGUGGUGGUACCAUGUGGUGGGCCUGAUUUGGAUCAGUGAAUUCAUUCUGGCCUGUCAGCAGAUGACUGUGGCGGGAGCGGUGGUGACAUACUAUUUUACCAGGGAUAAAAGGAAUUUGCCAUUUACACCUAUUUUGGCAUCAGUGAAUCGCCUUGUCCGUUAUCACCUUGGUACUGUGGCCAAAGGAUCUUUCAUCAUCACAUUAGUCAAGAUUCCACGAAUGAUCCUUAUGUACAUUCACAGUCAGCUGAAAGGAAAGGAAAAUGCCUGUGCUCGAUGUAUGUUGAAAUCUUGCAUUUGUUGCCUUUGGUGUCUUGAAAAGUGCCUCAAUUAUUUAAAUCAGAAUGCAUACACAGCCACAGCUAUCAACAGCACCAACUUCUGCACCUCUGCGAAGGACGCCUUUGUCAUUCUCGUGGAGAAUGCUUUGCGAGUGGCUGCCAUCAACACAGUGGGGGAUUUCAUGUUAUUCCUAGGCAAGGUGCUGAUAGUCUGCAGCACGGGCUUGGCUGGGAUUAUGCUGCUCAACUACCAGCAAGAUUACACAGUAUGGGUGCUGCCUCUGAUCAUCGUCUGCCUCUUUGCUUUCCUAGUCGCUCAUUGCUUCCUGUCCAUUUAUGAAAUGGUAGUGGAUGUGUUAUUCUUGUGUUUUGCCAUUGAUACAAAAUACAAUGAUGGGAGCCCUGGCAGAGAAUUCUAUAUGGAUAAAGUACUGAUGGAGUUUGUGGAAAACAGUAGGAAAGCAAUGAAGGAAGCUGGGAAGGGAGGCGCUGCUGAUGCCAGAGAGCUGAAACCGAUGGCCUCGGGAGCAAGUUCCGCUUGAACCUAGCCGACCGUUAUGGAACCCAUUGACAUUCCAAACCAAUAUAUACACAUAACUAUGUGUAUGUGUGUGUGUGUGUGUGUGGGUGUGUGUGUGUAUAUGUAUAUGUAUGUGUGUAAGUAUAUGUAUACACACACACACACAUAAUCAGCCAAAAUCAGAGAAAAGGAACAGGGAUUUAAUACCUUUUUUAUGCUUAUUUUUGUCGAACAUGUACUCCUUUCAUACGGGUGGCUUUUACAAGGCAACUGCCGUCAUUUAAUGUUUUCAAUUGUAAUUGUCUUAAUGGAAAUGUUAAGAUUCAUAUCUGAUUCACAUUUUUGAUAACUUAGAGGAGAUUUUAACUUUCGUUAUUUAAAUUAGGUAAAAUUAUUGUACCGAAUUCUCUGUCUAAAGUUUAUUCAGGGGUGAUUUCCCUGACACAUGCAUAAAAUCAAGAUCUUAUUUUCCUGAUGAAUAAGUCCUAGUGGGACCAGACUAGGUGUAUGCUUUCAGAGAAAUAAGGAAUUACUCCAGUUUUCCCCAAUCAAAGAAGCCAUGUCAUUUUACUUUGAGAAACACACAAGAGGACCCACUAUGGGAAGUUUCAUAAUCGCUCGUGCAUUUGUCAGCCAACAUUAAAAAGUAACCAACUCCUCAGGUAUUUGUAGUUUACCCUAAUGCUUCUAUAGGAGAGUAGGUGAAAAAGAAAAGGAUAGAUGAUCUUUCUUAUGCAAAUUUUUUUCUUAUGAUUUGUCUUUCUUUUUUUUACUAUAAUAGCAUCUUUCACACAUUUUGUGCCUGAUUUGAGAGGAAGCUGGAGCACCCAAUGAGUUUAUGUAGCCUCCAAAUUUCUGUGUAUUGAUUUGCAGAUUAAGUAAUGCUGGGAGGGAUAGUGAAGGGAGAGAAACACUGAACACAAAGCAUUGGCCAUUCCAAUGGUUUAGGGCUAAAUAGGCAUUUUAUACAAAUGCUAUAAACUUGGAAAACGGAAUGGAGGGUGCUCCUCUCCUUGGCAAUUCAUGAAGCAUCCAGAAAUCUACAAUGUUUAACUGAAGAAUUGGUUAAUGUUCUGAUCCUCAAGUGUUGAACGUUUUUGUUUGUUUGUUUGUUUGUUUGUUUGUUUGGGGCUGGGUUAUGGGGUUUUGUUUGUUGGUUGGUUUGUUUGAUUCUUCUAUUCCUGAAGCUUACCAGAUAUGAAUGGCUAAUAUUCCAUUGUUCUGCUUAUUGUAAUGGUGAAUGCUUUAAGAAAAAAAAAGUGUAAUUUGCUAAGAAUGAUUCAUGAUCUGUUUAUGCGAUAACUCCUUUUUGUUACAAUUUUUUUAAAAAAGGCUAUUUUUGUUAAUGUAAAGUAAAUAUUUCAGAGCAUAUUUUUUAAACUUAUUGCACUAAAUACAGGCUCUGUACAGAAAAAGAAAAGCCUCAGCAUUUUAUCAUUCCAUGGAAGGAGAAUCUUUUGAAAGAAAGCAUUGUCUCCUACCAGAAUUAGACAGUGAAUUGGACCGGUAUUAUGGAAAUGCAUACAAUUAAUGUCAGUAGGGAUUAAUAAGCAACUGUUUGCUAAUGUGCUUCCUUUCAAAGGGUUGGACCUUUAAAUUGCUGCAAAAGGUGAGAGAGCAAAUCAUCUAAGAAAAUUCAGAAUACCUUCUGUGUCAUAGCCACACAGAUUUGGGACAUUAAGGAACAUUGGGAGCUAAAUUUAUGAUUGGCAAAAAUCUGGAAGAUGGGUAUCAAAACAGAAGACAUUCGAGGAGCUAGCUGUUUUAGGAGGUGUCCCUCCAGAGUGACCUGAUGGAAGGCUUGAAUUUGGAAAUUGGGUUCUGCUCGCUCGGACAUCCCAACAUCAUGGACCCUUGCUGCUCCCUGUUCCAAAUGCUCGCAAUCUCAACUAUUUGGAAACCGCCAGGAAUGCUUUCUAAUUCUCUCUCGCAACUAGAACUGUAAUCAGAAAGAAAUUUUGUAUUUUUGUAUAACUCGAUUGUGUGCCAUUUUAUAUAACAGGUCCUGUUUUACAAAUAAAUUCUGUUUUACUAACA